AUGAAUUCAUUAAAUGAGACUACUCAAAUGACAUCAUUUCGUCUCAUUGUCAUCAAUCUUCAUUUUUUGUUCUGUUUAUUGAUCAGCACGGCUCAUUUCACACUAACCUGUCAUGGAUGUCAUGAACAGGAUAGAAGUGCUCUCCUUGAUUUCAAAUCCUCAUUGGAAGACCCUGCAAAUCGUUUGGCAUCAUGGCAAGACAGCUACCAACAUCAAAAUUGUUGUAAUUGGCUCGGAGUUGUAUGUUCAUAUGACUCUUUUCGGGUCAUCUCCGUCAGUCUUCGAAACACAGUCUAUGAAAAUUACUUCAGAGGAUAUGAUGGUUCAUUCCAAUAUAAUCCACGAAACACUUCACUAACAGGUAACUUCCCUCCUUCCCUUUUUAGAAUUCCUCAUCUCGAGUAUAUUGAUCUUGCCUUCAACGAUUUCAAGGGAACACAAAUUCCGCUCCAUCUUUCCAAUCUAACAAAACUUUCUCAUCUUGAUCUCUCCUACUCCAACAUUGGUUCAUCGAUAUCGACACAGUUUAACAACCUUUCAUCUCUACAUUACCUUGACUUAUCUGGGAAUUUUAACUUACGACCAUCAUCUGUAAAAUGGGUGAGAGGGUUAGUUAAUUUACAGGUGUUACAUUUGAGUGGUAUUGAUUUAUAUACAUUUUCACAAGAAAUUUUGGGUGAGCAUAUAUCUCAUCUUUCCAAUCUCAGAGAUCUUGGUCUCUCAUAUUGCAGAAUAUCUAGCGCAACUUUUCCCAACUUUCACAAUAUAAAGCUCCUAACCAAUCUCGACUUGUCUAGCAAUAAUUUCCAAGGAUCCAUACCAAAAUCAAUAUCCAAUCUAAAGCUCCUAACCUUUCUGGACUUGUCUAGGAAUAAUUUCCAAGGACCCGUAUCAAGUUCAAUCUGUGAGCUUAUUUCUCUUCGAACACUUCAUUUAGGAAGUAAUAAUAUAACAGGAAGCAUACCGAGUUGCAUAUCGAAUCUUCAUAACCUUAGUGUUUUUGAUGUCUCUAAUAACUCAAUUGAGGGAAGCGUUUCAUUGAAAUCUCUGAUUAACGAUCUAAAUCUAACAACCGUAGAUCUGAGCUCAAAUAGGCUUACUGUAGAUAUUGAUCAAAAUAUCAGUUUGUACUCUAAAUUCAAACUACAGGGUCUGUUUUUGAAAUCUUGCAAUCUAAAAGGAUUGUUCCCUACUUUCAUCUGUAAAUUGAGUCAUUUUUGGAAUUUGGACUUGUCUCAUAAUAACCUGACAGGAGUUAUUCCUUCUUGUAUCUCAAAACUCAAAAAUCUCGCUUCAUUUGAUGUAUCAAAUAAUACACUCAGUGGUAAAAUCUCAAUAGAAAUUGGAAAAAGACUAUCUAAUUAUUACUCCAUCAAUCUAGCUGGGAAUCAACUUUCGGGUUCAAUUCCCUCUUCUAUAUGUUCCAAAAGUUCAAGAUCUUCUCUUCAAAUAGUUGACCUCUCAAACAACAGAUUCUCAGGGGUUAUACCAAAUACCUUAGGGUAUUGUAAAGAUCUUCAAUCACUAAACCUUGGGAGCAAUAAUCUCACAGGAAAUAUUCCAAAUGAGAUUGAAAAAUUAGAAUCAUUGGGUUAUCUUCAACUGCAGGACAACUAUCUCGAUGGUACUCUUCUCAACUUCAUCAGUAAACUACCUUUGUUGAGAGUUCUUAACUUGGCGAAUAACCAAUUCGAAGGAAGUAUACCCACUGAACUAUUUGGUGCACAACACUCUCUCUUAAGUAUCAUUUCUUUAAGGUCAAACAAUUUCAAUGGAUCAAUCUCUGAUGAAAUUAAUAAUUUGAAUCUACUGCAAAUUUUGGACUUAUCGCAUAAUAAAUUCUCAGGCCAUAUUCCUAAGCAAUUAGGAGGCUACUGGAUGAAUUUAACAGGCGUAUCUCAAUCUCUUCCGGAUGUGUAUGAUAUUCAAUUGCAGAUGGUGAUCAAUGGGAUCAUGUUGCAAUUUGAAAAAAUAUACAGUUAUACCUCGGGAUUGGAUCUAUCUUGCAACAUGCUUGAUGGUAACAUUCCAACAGAGAUAGGUCGGUUAAGCGAACUUGCAAGGCUCAAUUUGUCCCACAAUUAUUUUUCGGGUAACAUACCUGCGAGUAUUGGAGAUAUGUCUAACUUAGCUUCCCUGUACUUAAGUUUCAAUAGACUAUCUGGGCAAAUCCCACAAUCGUUAACAUCACUGGACUCUCUUGGGGUUCUUAACCUAUCUUACAAUGAGUUGAGUGGUCAAAUUCCAAAAGGCAUUCACUUUAGCACGUUGGGUGGUGAUGGCUGGGCUUUUGUUGGGAAUGCAUUAUUGUGUGGAGAACCUACAAAGAAUGUUUGUGAAGUGGAAGAAGACGGUAAAAAAGACGAUCAAGAAAAUUACCAAGAAGAUACAAAUGAGAAAUUGAUAUUGUAUAGUAUUAUUUCUUUGGGGUUUAUAUUGGGAUUUUGGGGUCUAUUCUUUGUAAUGCUUAUAAAAAAGGAGAAAUGGUGGUUUCCAUAUUGGAGUUUUGUCGAUUCUACUGUAGCUGUGAUCAUAAGAUGUAUUCAAAGUGAAUAA